AAGGGUAGAGAAAGGCAUAAGAGGGAUAUAGAGGAGGGAAGGGAGAGAGAGAGGGAAAGAAAAGGAUAGUGAAAGAGGGAGAGAAAUUGGUCUUCUCUAUCAGUUUCUCGGGGAGGCAGGAGAGAGUUUAAAUUGAGGUUACUGAGGCCAUGGAUUGGAAGGAGUGGGAUAUGGAGGAUGAAGAGGAGCUGCAGUUUUAUUUGGAGUUGAGCUGUGAGGAGGACGAGGAGGGGGCUGGGGUCCUCGAGGAAGGGGCUGGGCUCCUCAAGCUGGAGGCAGGCGAACGGCAGCGGCUGACCAGGGACCUCCUGGUGGUACCCGAGCCUGAAAGGAUGAGCCACGUCUUGGAUGAGACCCUGGGCCCAUUACCCAUCCUGGCACCCGUCAGGAAAUUCAAGAGGCAGCCGGCUGGGCACUACGAUGCCAGCACCGAUGUUCAGGACCUGUUUGGCAAGAGGCGGGCAGCCAAUGCCAGGGAGCGACACCGGGUCCAGAGCAUAAAUGGCGGCUUCUCGAAGCUCAAAAGCAUCGUUCCGCUGAUCCGUAAAGACCGGAAACCCAGCAAAGUGCACGUACUGCGGGCUGCGUCGGAAUACAUCCGCCUCCUUCACAACAUUCUGCAGGAACCUGUUGCUGCUGAGGUCCAGAGCAUAAAUGGCGGCUUUUCGAAGCUCAAAAGUAUCGUUCCGCUGAUCCGUAAAGACCGGAAACCCAGCAAAGCGCACGUACUGUGGGCUGCGUUGGAAUACAUCCGCCUCCUUCACAACAUUCUGCAGGAACCUGUUGCUGCUGAGGGAGGGCGAAUGUGA